UCAUCAUUAAUAGCGUGCGCGCGGGAAAGCUGCAGCCCUGGCAGCCCUACAGCCGACUACAGCCCGGAGUCCGGAGUGCUGCCGUACUGCCGUGCUACCGUGCUACUGCGCUAACCUGACAACUUACUAGCCACCAUGGCUGGAGGAAGUGACAAGUUUGCUAUUGUAGCAUUUCCUGAAGAAGAUCACAGCUUGGCCAUUAUUCACAAAACAUGGCUCGUUGAAAGCACUGAAACGACAUUUUGGCCUAAGGAAAAAAAUCCUAACAAGCGUCGUCGAAUGACAAUCGAAGGCGUCAAACCACAAGACAGUUGGAUGCAGGUCAAAUGCCUGAUCAAGGACUGGGCUGACACAUAUGAGAAGGCGCUGGAGAAACUUCAGGCUCUGGAGUAUACGUCAGACUUCACUAGUGAAGAAGAGCUAGGUCGUGGCAAGCGAAAACGCCGUCCGACCUUUCCUUUUGACUAUGAUGACAGCACCGACACUACAGGUUCCGACGAUGAAUAUGAACCACCAAAACCACCCACGCCACCCCAGCCACGGAAGAAAACAGGUGCCAACUUCUCUAAGUCACCUCUGCAUCACUCUGCCCUGUACGAAACUGUCACGUCCCAAGCCACAUCCCAAGCACGUGCCCAGUCUUCACGCAUGCAGCCACAGUACAUAGGUCUCGACAAUGUCCAGCUUGUACACGCAUCCCACACGAACAGGAUGAUGUCCAGCCCGAGCAUCCAGCCUACAGGUGAUGACUUGGGUCCACCAGUGCACACACCAUAUGCGAACAUUUUGCCCCAUUCAAGUAUCCAGCCCACAGGUGUCCACAGCGUCCCCCCAGUGCACACUCUAUACAGGAGCAGGACACCUCACUCAAGCAUCCGGCCUGCAGGUGCCAAUGAUGUCCCUCUAGCGGCGGCAACACUGUGGCAGCAACACCACGAUGCACCUGUAACCCCUAUGAACAUGUCUCACCCUGGCACUGGACGGGUAAACACAGAUGCACAGGUGCCUGUGUUUAUGGAAAGGAUCCUGUUGGCACUGAAUUCCAUCAAGGUGACACAGCAGACCCACUCCGAGUACUUUAGCUUGCUGCUCAGAAACACCGAAGAUGCCCCACUUGAUCCAGAGGGCCUGCCGGACUUGCCUUUUUCUACAGUACAGGACUUCGUGCACUUUGACAAAGAGCUGGAGGUCGACAAGAGAGCAAGACUUCGUAUGAGACAACACAUGUUAGUUCAAGGAGGUGAUACACCUAAAGAACGGACCACCCGAAUUUUGAGAAGUAUACUUUCUUCAAGUGUCGCAGCCGAGUACAGCUGGUGUGGCACCAAGGGAAAACACAAGUUUUCUGAUCUCAACAUCUGCAAGCUCCUGUGCAGCACCCUCACCUACCGUCAAAACUUGGAAGAAGCCAAGGCAACUAAGAAGGACAUAGAAAAAGCAGGCAUGUCGUGGCUCCGUCAUGCUGCUGAGCGGGCAGCGGCAGAAAAAAAGUCCAUGGGAAGGAAGGACGGCACACCAUUUACACUAAACUAAGAAAUCACUUCAACAGGGCAGCCCUUUGAAAGGAACUAUGCAAGUCUGUUUCUUAACGUUUUUCACUACAAUUUGCAACGGCGGUGCCCGCAGGGAGUGUGGUAAUGUAUCUGGAGAGCUACAUUUUCAAAGAAACAACUUAAUUGAGUAAAAGUUUAAAAGUCUGAAUGCUUUUCUCUACAUAUGGUGUUUGCUUGCUUAUGGCACACAUCUGAUUGUUGGAACAGCUGAUAAACUGCAGCAGCAGUUCACAAAUAAAAUACUCGCAUAG